AUGCGCGAUUUUGAGGACUAUUUGCCUGAGAUCGUGGCCCUGACCGUGGAUUUCUUCAGUGCGAUCUUCGUAUCAGUGUGCAUCUCGACGUCGCACUCGGUGUACACAUCGGCAAUGUUCAUCGCCUUAGACUUUGUGCAGAGCGUUCUGGAGUUUAGGGAGUUACGCACAAACGCAAGAAGUGUGCUAAGACUGUUUCAAGACCGACGAGCCUCCCAUGAACGCCUCAACUCCAGAACGAACAGAACCGCGAGUGACUUGGAGAGCUUCAAUCUGUUCACGAUGAUGCUCGCUGUCACCCGAAACCUCAGUGCAUUUCAAAUGAAAUCUCUGAAAGGCGUCCGCUUGUGGGCGUGUCUGCCUCAUCCUCUCACCAAGCAGCAAAUGGAGCGACUUCAAACGUUUGAAGCGUCAGGAAUGUUCGGAAUUGAACCGCAGCCUGUAAAGAGCAAUUCGAACCGGGUCUUCUGGAAGUCGAGUCGCCAACGAAUUGCAGUCGGACUGACACCAACUAAGCAAGUUUCGCCGAUAUCCGAGACUCAAGACAAGAAGACAAACGCGAGGCUUGCUGCGUCUAUCGACAAGUCGAAAAGGAUUAUUUUCCAGGGUCUUCAGCUGCUGUUCCACUGCGAAUAUCUCAUCUUGGUCGACUACAUUGAGUGCAUCAUCUCGCUCGUGUUUGUGAUCUACCGGUCGGUUCUGGUACAGCUGCCGAAUAUCAUCUACUACUCGGCUGAAGUGGGAAACUGGGACUGGAGUUCCGUCGGCAAUAUUAUGCUCUUUGUCGUGAUGGAAGUGGCGUCGUUGGCUCUCUUCGAACGGUACCUGCGACACACGUUUGCGUUCUCGCCAUUGUAUCAGCUUGCAUAUGUGCUGGAAACGCAGAUGUACCUGGUGCAGAGCAGUCUGUGGACUGUGAUCCUAACGUUGAUGCAGUUCGAACUCGUCCAUUCGGGUAACGUGCUGUGUGUGUGUGUUUUUAUUUUACAAGGACACGGGAUUUUUCAAGCUUUCCACGACUAA